AUGGAAAACUACGACGAUUAUGAUUUCAACGAAGUUCGUUGUAAUGAUAGUGAUACAUCUGAUGUUCAAUCGAAGGAUGCCCAGGAGGACAAUUAUUCAAUAUCUAGUGGGUAUCAAAGUUCAGGUGAUGGUGAUGGCGAUGAUAAUAUUUACAAUGAUGAUUUGGUUGAACUUGAUGCAGUUGUAGGUGAUAGAGUGGUGAAUAUUAAUUCUAUUACUCCUGAUGAAAUUCGUGCUAUGGAAUUUGGUGUUAUUGAUGAAGCCUAUGAAUUUUAUUAA